AUACAGAAACUUUGGGUACUAAAUUAUAUAUUCUUGCAACUUGUUUGUGUUUACUUUACUAUCUCAUUCUUUGCGACGGUGACCCGACAAGAUUAUUGCCGGGAAACAGACCGAGAAGAUUAAGCGUAAGAUUCUCAACGAAUGUUGGAGAAGGAAUCUGAUUUGACUGCAAUGGAGAAACCAAAUAACAAGCACGCGGCUGAUUCGUUUUCCAGCGAGGAUUUGGUCUCACCGGUGAAGAAGGCAAAGAAGUCAGAGGAGGUUUCCGGCGGAGGAGAAGCUGUAGCCGCCGUUGGUAAUAGAGAGGCGGAAGAAGAUAAGCCUAGCUUUGUAAGUGAAGAAAAGAAGGAGUUUCUGGUCGAAGCUGAUGUUGCUGAAGACAAAGGAGCUAGACAUACUAUGGAAGAUGUUUGGGUGGUUUUGCCUGACGCUUCUUUGGAUUUCCCAGGGACACUAAGGUGUGCGCAUUUUGCAAUUUAUGAUGGGCAUGGAGGUCGUUUAGCUGCAGAGUUUGCUAAGAAGCAUCUUCACCUUAACGUUCUUUCAGCUGGGUUACCACGUGAGUUGCUGGAUGUCAAAGUUGCUAAAAAGGCCAUUCUUGAAGGUUUCCGGAAAACUGAUGAGUUGCUCCUGCAAAAAAGUGUUUCAGGAGGAUGGCAAGAUGGAGCCACAGCAGUCUGUGUCUGGAUACUUGAUCAAAAGGUUUUUGUUGCCAAUAUCGGUGAUGCUAAGGCUGUUUUGGCACGAUCCUCUACUACCAACGAAUUGGGGAAUCAUACAGAAGCAGGUAAUCCACUCAAAGCAAUUGUUUUGACGAGAGAGCACAAAGCAAUUUAUCCACAGGAGCGCUCUCGCAUUCAAAAGUCAGGUGGUGUUAUAAGCUCAAAUGGACGGUUACAAGGGCGUCUUGAGGUUUCUAGGGCUUUUGGUGAUCGUCAUUUUAAGAAGUUUGGUGUCAGUGCAACUCCAGACAUUCAUGCUUUUGAAUUAACUGAGAGAGAAAACUUCAUGAUUCUUGGUUGCGAUGGAUUGUGGGAAGUAAGUGUUUGGACCAAGUGAUGCUGUUGGAUUUGUCCAGAAACUUUUGAAGGAGGGCUUGCAUGUAAGCACGGUAAGUCGCCGUCUUGUGAAGGAAGCUGUGAAAGAACGUCGUUGCAAAGACAACUGCACAGCAAUCGUGAUAGUCUUCAAGCGGGUAUGACUAAAGAAGAGCCUGACUGACAUGUGGGCAUCUGUUUUUCUGGCUCGUAUGUGUUUUAUAAACCUGUUGUUGGUAUUUGGUAAAAUCUUUUUGAGCUGUCAAUGGAUCAAUUAAAUUCCUGGGGCCACCAUCGAAAGAAAAAUGAGUUUGAAGAUUAAACAGAGCUCUCUUUGUACCGCAAAGAAUUCUAGAAGCAAAAAGUAGAAAGCUUUAUAAUCAUAGACUUCAUAGUACAGUAUGAUCAGUUUACAAUGAAUAAAAAGCCUAUGGGACAACAAAAUAUUAUCAUUGUGAAUCUAAGGUCCCUCUG